AUGGAUAAGGAAAACCAACUGCCUUUAGAAUCGUUGACCAUGAGAGAAGUCACCAGUCCACGGAAACUGUUCCCGAUUUUAGCUCCGGUGAAUACCAAUGAUCCUGCCAAAUUGAAUGGGAAAUGGCUCUCUGUCAAAGAACGGAAGGAAAGAAUAAUCUCUGAAACCACAGGCUUAGUGAAAUUGUCAUUAGCUAACGGAGAAAGACAAUCUCUGGUGGUUGUUCGGAAGAAGGGCCCCCCCAAUAAGAAUCCAGAGACUCCAAAGAGAAAUACACAGAGUGGUAGAGUUACUUCAAGUGAAAGUGAUGAUAGUGAUGUAUUUUCAGAUACAAAGAAUAAUAAUAAUAAUAAUGCAAAUAUGGGACUUCCAAUGUACCUCCCCAUCCGACAACCAUCUGCUUCCAGCACGUUAAGCAGCAGCAGCACUGACUAUGAAAGCUACGCUGUGGAAACUGAGUCACAAUUAUUCAACAAAUAUUGUCAGAAACAUAAGCAGUUGAUUGAGAUGGAAAAGAGCGUGGAGUUAUUGAAGUUCGAAUUGCUUGAAAUAUCCCACAGAUUAGAAGAAGCAAAGGGUAACACCAGUGACUAUAAACGCUUACCGUUCAAACAACAGUCAUCAUCAACGGCUGUAUUAGAUCCCGCUACAGUGGUUAGGUCCAUCACAAAGAAAGCAUCAAGUAUGUUCAGUCCAGAUACAGAAAAUAAGGUUUCAACAUUAACCAAAAAGGCCUCGUCGAUAUUCCAAUCACAACCUCCUGAUUCAUCACCACUCAAGAACAAGAGAUCUGUGGUGGAACUUUUCAGCAAACUUCAAGACCAAUUCAAUACCAAUAUCUCAGAGAUGAAGCAAAGGAAUGACGAAUUGACAAACAAUGCUUCCAAGUUCAUGAACGGCUUAAUCAACAAUUUAUCGCCAAAGAAGCAAGAUACACCACCAAUGAAUCACGAUGCGUCCCUCAUUUUGGACGACGAUACCAUCUUUAACAAUAGUAGUGCAAUUUUCAGUGAGGAUAGUCCUGAUAAUUCCCAUAUAAUUCAUGAAGUUGAUGAAGAAGAAGAGGAAGUGAAUUUCGUUGAUAUCGACGACUACGAACUGGAACUCGACGACUAUUGA